AUGUCGGACUCUCUUCCUAUCGAUUCUGUCUCAGCCCCACCCUCCGCUGCUUCCCCCACCGACUUGCAUCAUCGCACGCGGUUAGGGACUCAAUACAAUGAUGCAUGCCCUCCCGUCAACUCACGUGUUGCAGGGGGGGCCGACGAAACCCGCGCAGAUCCCGGCAGCAGCAGCGGCGGCGGCGGCGGCGCAGCAUGGACGCCGUUCCGGCGGGACCUGGUGGUGCUGGGCGCGGCGUUCCUCGCGCUCUUCGCGGCGUACAGCGCCAUUCAGAACCUCGAGACGUCGCUGCACCCGCGCGCCGGCAUGGGCGCCGUGUCCCUCGCCGUGAUCUACGGCGGCAUCGUCGUGUUCGCGCCGCUCGCGCCCGCCGUGAUCCGUUACUUGCGGCCGCGAGGCGCGAUGCUGGUGGGCAUGUCGGGGUACUGCGCGUACAUCGCCGCCAACGCCGUCGAUUCCAGCUGGUUGCUGCUGCUGUCCGCGGGGUACCUGGGCGCGAGCGCGUCCGUGCUGUGGGUGGCGCAGGGGCUCUACAGCGUCAUGCUCGCGCGCGGACACGCCGCCGCCGCGGGCGUGGCGGAGCAGGCGGCGAUCGCGGAGUUCAGCGGAAUCUUUUGGGGAAUGUUCGCUGCGAACCAGGUGGUGGGCAACGCCGUCGCCUUCCUCGUCUGCCGGCUCAUGGCUCUCCUCUUCCCCCCCGCGCCCGCUGCGCUUGCUACUCCCGCUGCACCUUCUCCUCAGAGUCUACCUCCCGCUACAGUCACGGUGCUGAUAGUCACGUUUCUGCUGUUCCUGGCGCUGGCCGCCGCGCUGACGUGGCGGCUGACUGACCUGUCGGAGGACCACCCCCUCUGCUGCCCCUCGCCUGCUCCUCUUGUAGAUGGUGUGGCGGAGGGGGAUGAGAGGGGGGAUGAGGGAGAAGGGAAGGCGUUGCUGGGAAGCGAAGUGGUGGCAGGGCGACCGGAGGAGUGGGGGGCGGUGGAGCAGUCAGGGCCGGCAGGAGGGGUGGGGGAGGGGGCGGCGCAUCCCCCCCCCAUGCUUCCUUCCCCACAUCCUGUUUCCCCGGGCCCCCAAUCCAUCAGGGCGGACUUCACGCUGUACGUGGUGCGCCCAGCGCUGGGAGUGGCGUGGAUCGGCGGGGUCAUGUCCGUGUUUGGCGUCGCCAACAGCCUGGUGAGCUGGGCGCUGUGCUGCUUGCUGCUAUGUCCCCCUGCCGUAUCAUCACUCCUGCGCUCUGUGUGCUUCCUGCCUUACAUGGAGUCAUGCCCGCAUGCUGCAGAGGCGUGCAUGGCAGCGGCGCGCCUCUCCUCGGGGCUGCACUCUAUCCUCGCUACGCUGCUAGUCGGCGCUGCCUGUCAGAUCGCUGUGCUGCUCUCCCUCCUGCUCUUCACCACCGCCCCCUCAUGGGUGGCAUUCACGGGGGUGUUGCUGCAGGCAGUGCUGUGGGGGGUGGGGGAUGCUGCCUUCCAGUCGCAGAUCAACGCACUGCUGCCACUCGUCUUCCCUCGAGACAUGGUGGGUGGACCCCACACCCACACCCGUCUCCCACUGCCUUCUUUAACAACCACACCACCCACGCUUCCUUUCAUCCGUAACUUUGCUCUUGCCCGUUCCCUUCCAUUGCCCACUAUGCAUCACUGGCUGUCCCUCCCCGCAUACCCCACCCCACCCUCCCCGUUUCCUUAA